GAAGAGCCUGAGGCUGGAGUGCUUCACAGUACUCCCAGCUUUAAACUCAGCCUGCCCUCUGGGCUUCCCACCCCCCUCUGGUCCCUCUCGCGCUGCAAAGACCUGCCCCGGUGGGGGUUUGGACUACAUCUCCCGGCGUGCCUGGCAGAGUGGUGGACUGUGUGUGCGUCGUCUGCACCAGUUGCCAGUGACAAUGCAGAGAGCUGUGCGCAUGGGGGCCUCUCUGGGCUUUCGCCUGCAGGCACUCCCUUUGGCCCUGGGUCGCUCUUUCAGUUGUUCACAGGACGUGCUCCACAGAACUCCACUCUAUGACUUCCACUUGGCCCAUGGAGGGAAAAUGGUGGCCUUUGCGGGGUGGAGUCUGCCUGUGCAGUACCGAGACAGUCACGUUGAGUCGCACAUGCAUACACGCCGCCACUGCUCGCUCUUUGACGUGUCCCACAUGCUGCAGACUAAAAUAUUUGGCUGUGACCGGGUGAAGCUGUUGGAGAGUCUAGUGGUUGGAGACAUUGCUGAAUUAAGGCCAAAUCAGGGAACACUGUCACUCUUUACCAACGAAGCUGGAGGUAUCUUAGAUGACUUGAUUGUGACCAAUACUUCUGAGGGACACCUAUAUGUAGUGUCCAACGCUGGCUGCUGGGACAAGGACUUGGCACUCAUGCAGGACAAGGUCAAGGAGUUUCAGAACAGGGGCAGUGAUGUGGGCCUGGAGGUGAUAGAUAAUGCUCUAUUAGCCCUGCAAGGACCCACUGCAGCCCAAGUACUGCAGGCUGGUGUAGCAGAUGACUUGAGGAAACUGCCCUUCAUGACCAGUGCUGUGAUGGAGGUGUUUGGUGUGUCUGGCUGUCGUGUGACCCGCUGUGGAUACACAGGAGAGGAUGGUGUGGAGAUCUCAGUGCCAACUUCUGAGGCAGUCCACCUGGCAACUGCUCUGCUGGAAAACCCUGAGGUGAAGCUGGCAGGGUUGGCAGCCCGGGACAGCCUGCGCCUCGAGGCAGGACUCUGCUUAUAUGGGAAUGACAUUGACGAGCACACCACACCCGUGGAGGGCAGCCUUGGCUGGACACUGGGAAAGCGCCGCCGAGCUAUUAUGGACUUCCCAGGAGCCAAAGUCAUUGUUCCACAGCUGAAGGGCGAGGUGCAGCGAAGACGUGUAGGGUUGAUAUGUGAGGGGGCCCCAAUGCGGGCACACAGUCCCAUCCUGAGCAUGGAAGGCACCAUGAUUGGUACUGUGACCAGUGGCUGCCCUUCGCCCUGCCUGAAGAAGAAUGUGGCAAUGGGUUAUGUGCCAUCCAAGUACAGCCGGCCAGGGACACAGCUGCUGGUGGAGGUGCGCAAAAAGCAGCAGAUGACUAUGGUUAGCAAAAUGCCCUUUGUGCCCACAAACUAUUAUACUCUCAAGUGAGGAUGGCCUGUGGCCCCCAGAAGUCUCACCUUUAAUGCUGUUCUAUAGAUUUUAGUCAGAACAGUGAAACAGAACCGGUGAUGGAGAGCUAAUUGGACCUUUGCACUGAGCUGGUUGAGGGGCCAGCUUGUCUAUCCUUUGCCCAACACAUUCCAACUUCAGGACCCCACUUCCCAAUGACAGAUUAGCUUAUCCAGUGUGCUGUUUAGUCCACAAUCUCACUGACCCACUCUGCUAGGUGCUGGCUUGGAGCAAAGGCUUCAUCUUUGUGGGGAAGGUAACAACUGUCCAGGCUAUCGUAGCACAGUUUCCCAAAGGGUUGUUACUAUGGGCAGGGUGGGCCUAGGCCACCUCCUCUGCUUUGCUCCCCACGAGUUCAUACUGUUACCUUUCCCUGGGCAGUUUAUUCUUUAACUUGAGGGUGGCUGAGCAGACAUGGGUUCACACUUCCACAUUCCCCAGCCAAUUCAGCCUGUUGCCCAGUAGUGUUGUCCAUGGCACACUCACUACCUGGGCUCACCUUUUCUGUUGCUGCCUAUAACUGGAAUUUACUGACUCCAGAAAAACAAUUAAAGGAACUUUUUUCCUUUUCACUUGC